GGUCUUUCCUACCGGUCUCUCAAAUGUAUGUAAUUUCUUAUAGAGAGCUAUAGUUGGGUUAGAAAGCACUCACUAUUUGCUUAUAAACGAGUCUUUCAAUAGUUGGUAACACAGAAGUGUCCGCAGAUUAUUCACUGGCAAAGAGUGUUAUUUACUUCACGCUUAAGGGCUUAUGGUAUGCAUCCAUAGCAUCCAUACCACUCUUGGAUGUUGUUCUCCGAAGAAAAAACUAUUAAACGAGACUUGAAUUGAUUCCCGUUUUUCUCCAACCCCUCUGAUAAGUGAGCGAAAGUCAAAGCUAAUGAUCCGAUGCUGUGAUCAAAGCUAUGGUUAAUUGAUUAUUUGGAAGACAUUAUAGCAUUAAUUUUGCAACUUUGGCCAUUAUUUUCGCUUAAUUUCCAAUCAAUUAAACGUCAAAAAAGAGUAUUGAAGGGCUAACUCAUCGCUAGUAUAUCCACUGAAGUGAUGACUCUGGGCUCGGAGACCGACUCCGACUCAACCCACCGAUUGUUUUGUAGUCUACGAACUCGUUUUUGUGAAUUGGAGACCGUUGUGAGCCGUCACACACACAAUGCCUGUGAAAAACUACGGAACAGGAGUUCAUGUCUCACCAAAACAUCAAUAUUAAGAAAUCCAUAUGUAUUGCUGGUAAUGGUCUGUUGUAUCUGCUAUUGGCCUUCAAUGUGGGGUCAGCUGGUGUUUGAUGACCGGCCGGCCAUCAUCGAUAACAAGGAUUUGAGGCCAAACACACCAUUGUAUCGAUUAUUUCAAAAUGACUUCUGGGGAACACCACUCCAUAAAGAACAAAGCCACCGAAGCUACCGACCCCUCACAACACUUACAUUUAGAUGGAAUUUCUCUAUUCAUGGCUUAAAUCCUAUGGGAUAUCAUAUAAUAAACAUUGCAUUGCAUUCACUCGUUUGUAUUUUGUUUUAUAACUACUCUCGGCUACUAUUCUGUGAUUCGAUGACAUCCUUAAUAACAUCUCUACUCUUUGCAGUUCAUUCAAUACAUACAGAGUGUGUUGCGUCAAUUGUCGGGAGGGCUGAACUGCUUUCGGCUAUAUUUUAUUUGUCCGCUCUUCUGAUAUGGAUUUCGCAAAAAUACAAAAUGAAAUACAAAUUAUUAUUAAGUGUUAUAUUUUCGUGGUUUGGAUUCCUGUGUAAAGAGCAGUCGUUGACUGCACUCAUCAUAUGUGCCAUUCAUGAGCUCAUCUCUCGAAGACAUUUACCGAUCAAAGAGAAUAAGGUUAUCCCGAAAGCGAGUCUAAACUCUAUUAUAGUAAGAGUUGGCAACAUAAAGAGAUCGCAAAUCGUUUGGAGGAAAAUCGUUAAAAACAUAUUUAUUUUAUUGACUGCAUUCAUGUCGGCCCUAAUAUUUAGAUUAUAUUUAAUGGGAAAUAAGUUUCCAAAAUUCAAUCGGUUCGACAACCCGGCCUCCUAUUCGGGCGCACCGACCAAGCAAUUGACGUACAGUUAUUUGAUUGCCUUCAAUAGUUGGCUGCUAUUAUUUCCAUGUGAUUUGAGCUGUGAUUGGACGCACGCAUCCAUACCUUUGGUGUCAAACCUUUUGGAUCCAAGAAUUUGGACGAUUGGGGCCUUCUUUGCCAUAUUGUUCUCAUUGCUAUUCUAUGCCUUAAUCAAGAGUGAAGAUCACAGACUAUUUCUGGUGCUAACGUUAGCGAUUGUGCCGUUCAUUCCCUCAUCCAAUAUCUUCUUCCCGACGGGUUUUGUUGUCGCCGAAAGAGUACUAUAUUUGCCUUCAAUUGGAUUUGUUUUGUUGAUUGGGAUGGGAGUGAAGAAAAUGCUUGACUCGUGGGAGAGCCAUUCGACUGGUAUUAAGACAGUAAUAGGCCUUCUGUUGAUCGUUCACACAGUGAAGACAUAUCGCAGAUGUAAUGAAUGGAACAAUGAGUACUCACUCUAUACGUCAGGCCUUAAAGUGAAUCCAAUGAACACAAAACUACUGAACAAUUUGGGAAGACUUCACGAGAGAGACGGCAGCUAUGAUGUGGCCAUCAAUUACUUUAGAGAAGCCGUUCGAAUAGAGCCGUCAGAUGUGCGGGGACAUCUCAAUUUGGGUAACAUUUUACUCAAAACUAAUAACUCAAAGGAGGCAGAGAUGGCCUACAGAACAGCCACUCAUCUGUUGGAAGAGUCGGCCAAUACUUACCAUCAGAUAUCGUCAAUGCAUUUAACAGCUCUGUUCAGACUCUCGCAACUCAUCUCAAGGGAUCCGCACCGGACUCAAGAGGCGUUCCUUUCCAGGCGACAAGUCUUGGCUCUAAAAAGUGAUUUUAAGCCAAUGUUUGAGAGUUGGACUCAAGAGUUAAGGAGUUCAGCGAAUGGAGGCAUCGAAGCGGCGGUAAUGUUGGCCGAAGCCCUUCAAUACGAAAGCACUGAACCCGACGUUCUCUAUAAUUUGGCUAUAGUUGUGAACGAGAGCGGAUCAGCUCAGAAAGCACUGGAACUGUUGGACAGGGCUUUAAGUGUAGACCCGCAUCACGAGCCAUCACUGUUAGCCUCGGCGCGUAUAAUACAAGACCAGGGAUUGAGUCGUUUGCAUGAAGUGGCGAUUGAAAGGCUCAACACAAUCAUUGAGUUGGGUUCGGCUGACGAAACGGUUUUCUUCAACUCAGCGAUGUUGGCCAUCAAAAGCGGACGUUUCGAUAGAGGGAAACACUUCUUGGAAAACGCCAUUCAAUUGAAGCACAACUUUUCGGAAGCGCUCUAUAAUAUGGCUCUUAUAUUAUAUAAUGAAGAAUAUCCGCAACCCUUACAAGCGGUUGAAUACUUAACUAAACUUUUGAGUACAAACACCGAGCACAUUAAAGGACUGCUACUAUUGGGCGACAUUUAUAUUGAAUAUUUCAAUGAUUUAAAGAAUGGCGAGAAUUGCUAUAAUAGGAUAUUAACCAUCGACUCAACCAAUGUGUUCGCUCAGCACAACCUCUGUGUCGUUCACGUCAGGCGAAAGCACUUCCACGAAGCCAUUCAGUGCUUCGAGAAGAUCCAGAAGAAUAAUGUCGGAUCAGUUAAUGUCGAGCAUCACCUCAAACUCACCAGGGACUUAUUGCGAGAUCAGCUCAGGAAUGGUAGCAAUGAAUUCAAGUUUUUGUUGUAAAAGAUUGCUUCGGAAUAUAUGUAAAUAUAUAUAUAUAUAUAACUAUAUUAAAAGAGAUAAAUUAUUAUAUAUUAUAAAUGAACC